AGAGAUUUAAGCAAACAUUUGAGCAUCUUUUGACUCCUUUUCAGUACAUCUAGUUGUGGUACUUAUCCAGCCCAACAAAAUGAGCGACGCAGAUAUGGAAAUAUUUGGGGUGGCAGCUCCGUACCUCCGCAAAUCAGAGCGGGAAAGGAUCGCAGCCCAGAAUAUGCCAUUCGAUGCCAAAACUGCCGUCUUUGUGCCCGACCCGAGGCAGGAGUAUGUCAAGGGCAAAAUCAAAAGUCAGGACGGCUUCCAGGUCACCGUGGAGACCGAAGGGGGAAAGGUGGUCACAGUGCACCUGGACGACGUUCGGCCCAUGAACCCUCCAAAGUUUGACAAGAUCGAGGACAUGGCCCUGCUGACGCACCUCCACGAACCGGCAGUGCUCUUUAACCUUAAGGAGCGAUAUGCUGCCUGGAUGAUUUAUACGUACUCGGGACUCUUCUGUGUGACGGUAAAUCCUUACAAGUGGCUUCCGGUCUACAACCCAGAGGUGGUGGCCAGCUACAAGGGGAAAAAACGUCAAGAGUCCCCCCCACACAUCUACUCCAUCUCUGACAACGCUUACCAGUACAUGCUCACAGAUCGAGAGAACCAGUCCAUCCUGAUCACUGGUGAAUCUGGUGCCGGGAAGACGGUCAACACAAAGCGAGUCAUCCAGUACUUUGCAACAAUUGCAUCGUUCGGAGACUCGAGCAAGAAGGAGCAGCUUGGCGGCAAAAUGCAGGGGACUCUGGAGGAUCAAAUCAUCCAGGCCAACCCGCUGCUGGAAGCUUUUGGGAAUGCCAAGACUGUGAGGAAUGACAACUCUUCUCGAUUUGGUAAAUUCAUCCGUAUCCACUUUGGAACUAAGGGGAAGUUGGCAUCGGCUGAUAUUGAAACUUACCUUUUGGAAAAAUCCAGAGUGACUUUUCAGCUGCCGGCCGAGAGGAGCUAUCACAUCUUCUAUCAGAUCCUGUCCAACAAGAAGCCUGAUUUAAUUGAGAUGCUGCUGAUCACCAUCAAUCCUUUCGACUACCCAUUCAUCAGCCACGGUGAAAUCACUGUGCUGAGCAUCGACGAUACAGAAGAGCUGAUGGCCACAGACAGUGCCAUUGACAUCUUGGGGUUUAACACGGAGGAAAAGGUGGGCAUCUACAAGCUGACGGGAGCUGUGAUGCAUUUUGGGAAUAUGAAGUUCAAGCAGAAGCAGCGCGAGGAGCAGGCAGAGCCCGAUGGCACUGAGGUGGCAGACAAAGUGGCCUAUCUGAUGGGUCUGAACUCUGCUGAUUUGCUGAAAGCGCUGUGUAACCCUCGGGUGAAGGUCGGGAACGAGUAUGUCACCAAAGGUCAGACUCCACAGCAGGUGAACAACGCCAUCGGCGCCCUGUCUAAGGCAGUGUACGAGAAGCUGUUCCUGUGGAUGGUCACGAGGAUCAACCAGCAGCUCGACACCAAACUUCCCCGGCAGCAUUUCAUCGGUGUCCUGGACAUCGCGGGCUUCGAAAUCUUUGAGAUGAACAGCCUGGAGCAGCUGUGCAUCAACUUCACCAAUGAGAAGCUUCAGCAGUUCUUCAACCACCACAUGUUCGUGCUGGAGCAAGAGGAGUACAAACGGGAAGGGAUAACGUGGGAGUUCAUUGAUUUUGGCAUGGACUUGGCAGCCUGCAUUGAGCUCAUUGAGAAGCCGAUGGGUAUUUUGUCCAUUCUUGAAGAGGAGUGCAUGUUCCCGAAGGCGACCGACGCCUCAUUUAAACACAAGCUGUACGACCAACACCUGGGGAAGGACAGCAUCUUUCAGAAGCCCAAACCGUGCAGAGGAAAGGCGGAGGCCCACUUCUCCCUGAUGCACUACGCCGGCACCGUCGACUACAGCAUCAGCGGCUGGCUGGAGAAAAACAAAGACCCGCUGAAUGACACCGUGGUGGCGCUUUACCAAAAGGCUUCCCUCAAACUGCUCUCUCAGCUCUUCGCCACGUAUUCUACUGCUGACGCAGCUGCUGAUGGAAGUAAGAAAAGUUCAAAAAGAAAGGGAUCUUCUUUCCAAACAGUUUCUGCACUUUUUAGGGAGAACUUGAACAAACUGAUGGCCAACCUCAGGUCCACACAUCCACACUUUGUCAGAUGCCUCAUUCCAAAUGAAACCAAGACACCGGGGUCCAUGGAUCAUCAUCUGGUUCUUCACCAGCUGCGGUGUAACGGCGUGCUAGAAGGUAUCCGGAUCUGCAGGAAGGGAUUCCCCAGCAGGAUUCUUUACGGAGAUUUCAGGCAAAGAUACAGGAUUCUGAACACCGGUGCGAUCCCUGAGGGGCAGUUUAUCGACAGCAAGAAGGCCUCAGAGAAGCUGCUGUCCUCCAUUGAAGUGGACCACACACAGUACAGAUUGGGAUACACAAAGGUGUUUUUCAAAGCCGGCCUUCUGGGUCUGCUGGAGGAGAUGAGGGACGAGCGUCUAGCUGUGCUGAUGACUCGAAUCCAGGCUGUGGCCCGAGGUUACGUCAGCAGGCUGAGCUUCAAGGAGAUGUCGAAGAAAAGAGGGUCCAUUUUCAUCAUUCAGUACAACGUCCGUUCAUUCAUGAAUGUGAAGAACUGGCCUUGGAUGAGGCUCUUCUUCAAGAUAAAGCCUCUGUUGCGAAGUGCUGAGGCCGAAAAGGCAAUGCAGACCAUGAAAGAGGAGUUCUCCCAUCUCAAAGAGGAGCUGGCAAAGUCGGAGGCCAGGAAGAAGGAGUUGGAGGAGAAGAUGGUCGCUCUUGUCCAGGAGAAAAAUGACCUUUACCUUCAAAUCCAAGCAGAGAGGGAGAACCUGUGCGAUGCCGAGGAGAGGUACGAAGGCUUGAUAAAGAGCAAGAUCAACCUGGAGGCCAAAAUCAAAGAGUUGUCUGAGAGGAUGGAGGAAGAGGAGGAGAUCAAUGCUGAAAUCACCGCCAAGAAGAGGAAGCUGGAGGAUGAGUGUUCGGAGCUCAAACGGGAUAUUGACGACCUGGAACUUACCAUUGUUAAGGUGGAGAAAGAGAAACACGCCACAGAGAAUAAGGUUAAGAAUUUGGUAGAGGAGCUAACUACUCUAGAGGAAAAACUGUUGAAGUCAGCAAAGGAGAUUAAAGCUUUGCAGGAGGUACACCAGCGGACUUUAGACGACCUCCAGGCCGAAGAGGACAAAGUGAACUCUCUAAUGAAAACGAAUGUCAAGUUGGAACAACAGGUCGAUGACCUGGAGUCCUCGCUGGAGCAGGUGAAGAAGCUGCAUGCUGAUAGUGAGAGAUCGAGAAAGAAACUGGAGGGAGAUCUGAAGCUGUCUCAGGAGACCAUCAUGGACCUGGAGAAUGAAAUGCAGCAGGCGGGGGAACGACUGAAAAAAAAGGACUUUGAAAUCAGCAACCUGCAGUGCAAAAUGGAUGACGAACAAGCUCUUAGCAUUCAGCUACAGAAGAAGAUUAAAGAGCUUCAGGCUCACAGUGAAGAACUGGAGGAGCAGACUGAAGCCGAGCGCUCGGCCCGGGCCAAAGUGGAGAUGCAGAGUUUGGAUCUGUCCAGAGAGCUAUGUGAGAUCACAGAGAGACUGGAGGAGGCCGGAGGAGCCACUGCCGCACAGGCUGAGCUCAACAAGAAGCGCGAGGCCGAGUAUCAGAGGCUGCGUCGUGACCUGGAAGAGGUAACCCUGCAGCACGAGUCCACAACUGCCACUUUACGUAAGAAGCAGGCGGACAGCAUUGCAGAACUUAGUGACCAGAUAGACAGUCUUCAAAGAGUCAAGCAGAAGCUGGAGAAAGAGAAGAGCGAGCUGAAGAUGGAAAUCGAUGACAUGUCGUGCAACGUGGAGAGUGUUCUGAGAAGCAAGGCUAAUCUGGAGAAACUGUGUAGAAGCUUUGAAGACCAAAUGAAUGAACACAAGACAAAGGCAGAGGAAGCACAGAGAUCUCUCAGUGAUCACAUGGCCUUCAGUGCUCGUCUGCAAACAGAAAAUGGUGAACUUACACGUCAGCUAGAAGAGAAGGAGAUGACUAUUUCCCAGCUGAACAGAGGGAGAUCUUUGGGGAGUCAUCAAAUUGACGAGCUGAAGAAACUUUUGGAUGAGGAAAUUAAGACGCGAAAUGCCUUAGCUCACAGUUUGCAGUCAUCUCGCCACGACUGCGAGCUGCUCAGGGAGCAGUACGAGGAGGAACAGGAGGCCAAGGCUGAGCUGCACCGCUGCCUGUCCAAGGCCAACAGCGAGGUGGCACAGUGGAGAACCAAGUAUGAGACGGACGCCAUCCAACGCACCGAGGAACUCGAGGAGGCCAAGAAGAAGCUGGCCCAGCGGCUGCAGGAGUCUGAAGAGAUGACGGAGGCAGCAAAUGUCAAAUGUGCAUCACUGGAGAAAACCAAGCAUAGGCUGCAGGCGGAGGUCGAGGAUCUCAUGGUUGAGUUGGAAAGGUCAAAUGCAGCCAGCGCCACCUUGGACAAGAAACAGAGGAACUUUGACAAGGUUCUGGCGGAAUGGAAACAGAAAUAUGAGGAGAGUCAAUCAGAUCUUGAAGUCUCCCAGAGGGAGACCAGACUGCUGAGCACAGAGCUCUUCAAGCUGAAAAAUUCAUACGAAGAAGCCCUGGAUCACCUUGAGACCAUGAAAAGAGAGAAUAAAAAUCUCCAGCAGGAGAUCACAGAUAUUACCGAGCAAGUCGGACAGUCUGCCAAAAUUAUCCACGAACUGGAAAAGGUCUCAAAGCAAGCUGAACAAGACAAGAGAGACGCCCAGGCAGCUCUGGAGGAAGUAGAGUCUUCUCUGGAACACCAGGAGGCCAAAAUCCUGCACCUUCAGCUGGAGCUGAACCAGAUCAAGUCGGAGGUGGAGAGGAAGGUGGUGGAGAAAGACGAAGAAAUUGACCAGCUCAAGAGGAACCACCAGAGGACCGUGGACAAUCUGCAGAGCGCGCUGGACGCCGAGACGCGCAGCAGAAACGACACUGUCCGGGCAAAGAAAAAGAUGGAGGGGGACCUCAAUGAGAUGGAAAUCCAGCUGGGUCGCACCAGUCGGCAGGCGUCCGACGCCACCAAACAACUGAGAAACCUGCAGACUCAGCUGAGGGACACGCAGGUCCACUUGGACGAGGCCGUCCACAGUCAGGAGGACCUGAAGGAGGAGCUGGCUAUCUUGGAGCGCCGCAACAACCUGAUGGGGGCCGAGAACGAGGAGGUAAGGGCGGCGCUGGAGCAGUCUGAGAGAAGUCGAAAGGCCUCUGAGCAGGAGCUGAUGGACGUCAGCGAGAGGAUUCAGCUGCUGCACACGCAGAACACCAGCCUCCUGAACUCUAAAAAGAAGGCCGAGGCUGAUUUGACUCAACUGCAGUCAGACAUGGAGGAAACCAUCCAGGAGGCGAGGAACGCCGACGAGAAGGCCAAGAAAGCCAUUAUGGACGCUGCCGUGAUGGUUGAGGAGCUGAAGAAGGAGCAGGACACCAACGCUCACUUGGAGAGGAUGAAGAAGAACCUGGAGGCCUCGGUGAAAGACCUGCAGCAGCGCUUGGAUGAAACGGAGCACUUGGCUUUGAAAGGAGGACGGAAGGAGCUGCAGAAACUAGAGAUUAGGGUCCGAGGGCUGGAAAAUGAAUUAGAGGCCGAACAGAAACGCAGCAGCGAGGCUACGAAAGGUUUGAGGAAAUAUGAAAGAAGAAUGAAAGAGCUCACUUAUCAGGGUGAAGAAGAAAAGAAGAAUGCCUCGAGACUGCAGGAUCUGGUCAACAAGCUGCAGCUGAAAGUCAAAGCAUAUAAGCGGCAGUGUGAGGAGGCGGAGGAAGAAAGUGGCGUCCAUUUGGCCAAAGUUCGGAAGCUGCAGCACGAGCUGGAGGAAGCUGAGGAGCGAGCGGACAUCGCAGAGUCCCAGUUGAAUAAAUUAAGAGCGAAGAGCCGUGACGUUGUUGGUAAAGGGGAGUAAAGUCUUCACAGGUUAACUCCACUUUAGGAAAUGUAGCAUUGUCACAGUCUACUUAAAAUAUAUACUUUGCUUUGUUUUUUGUUUUGCAUAUUUCCAAUUAUUUAAAUUACUUUGGUUAAAAAUUGACAUUUCAGUCAAAAUAAUUAAACUAUCAAAUUUGGAAAUUGAUUUUUGGACAAAAAUGUAAGAUUUGGACAAAAUUAUAUUUUAUACAUUAUACAUUUAUCGAAAGUUUUUGUUACAAGUUCCUUACAAGGGUUUUGAAAUCAAAAGAAAUGUUCAUAAACUGUCAACUAGUCGACAGCAGAUGCAAGUAGAGCUGAGAUAACUGAUACUAAAAUAUGCCAAAUUUAUUUUUAAGAUUUGCUGUUGUUCCUUUUGAAUAAUUUCAGUUGCUUAUUGAUCCUUUUGAGUUUUGGACCAGAACAAAUCCCAAAAUUAUGGAAGGGCUCUUGAAUGAAUUUAGUUGCAGUGCUACAAUUAAAAAUAAUCUCAUUCAUGAUCUGAAUCAGCUCAAAAGAUCAGUAGCCCAUUAUAUUCUAUAUAUGUAUAUUAUAGGGUUUAGCCAAAUGGAAAAAAAGUGAAAUAAACCACCACAGCUAACUUGUUACAAAUCGUUGCAUGUUGCUGGACGCUCUGGCAGUUUUCCACUCAGAUUAGUUUACUCAUGAUUCACAGGUUGUCUUGACCUGUGAAAAAAAAAAAAUCUUUUGAAAGUAGCUUUCUAAAACCCAAAAGAGACUACACAUUUAAAUAUAAAAAAUAACAAACAUGGCAGGGAAGGUUGAAUUAAAUAAUUGACUAAUUUGUAACAGCAGAAAUGUAGGACUCACUACUUUUGGAGCCAUACUAGGAACUAAAAGUCCAUAUAUGUCAUCCUUUAUGAAUGUAGUAUUAAUGUAUCUACAGAGCAGCCUGAUAAGUGAUAACAUAUUUAGACAAUAUUAAAUGGGAUCAUGCAAUCUAGUGCAUUUUUACAAUAGUUCUUGUUCUUUCCUUUGUUUCUGUUCUCGAUGACUUGAUUUUACUGCUGAAGGACUACAUAUUUCAUAGAACUGUGGUGCUUCAGAGCGAAGACACCACUUUACUCAUGCAGAUUCAUCAUCAAAUAUCAACCAACCACUGUAAAGUCAACCCAGGACUCGUCUUCUGGCGAUCAAUGAAUGUCUAGCUGAGAUCUUUCUGUCAGGCAGUGGGCCCACAGAUGAACACCACCAUUAGAGCUGCACAAUUAAAUCUAUGACCUCGUGGUUUUCUAUGACAAUUGUACAUUAAAAAAGAAGAGUCGGGUCUCCAUUCUGUGAGUUAAUUCAGUUAAUUUAGUCUAGACAGAGCUAAGUAAGCAGUGAUAGCUUAGCAUGUUCCAGGAAUAGUGUCUGCACUGCAGUUAUUUAUGACCCGAACUAAAUCCCCACUAUGAGCAAGACACAAAAUGAAUUAUUAAUAGAUGUGGACACUAAUGUUCAUCAAAUAUUGUUUAGUCUCUACAACCAAUAAAGGCAGUCUGAUGAAUCUUUCUUUUUUCUUCUACUAACAAAAAACUGAAGUUUGAUGGUGAUUGUUUUCUACCU